AUGGGGCAGAUGCAAAGUAUCACUAUGAGGCGACAUCAACAGUCGCCUGCUCCAACAUUGCCAGACAAUACUAAGCCGGCUUUCUUGAACCUACCACUAGACAUAAUUUACAUCAUCUACAAUUCAUUCUUAGACCCAGUAUCAAAACUAACCCUUACUCUGACAUGUAAAGACAUGUUCGCCGUAAUACCAAUCAAAUCGCUGCCAAGACUAGACCUCUCUGACCUGGGAGAAUUCCUCCACCUGCUUGAGAAAGACAUGAAUGGUCCACGGCCGAGUUACUUUUGCCGUGCCUGUACGCGUCUACAUUACCUCGAAGACACCCGUGGGGACGAAACCAUAUUCAGUUAUAGCCACGCCAUAAAAUCAAAUAACGGUUGCUGCAGUUACUACGGCGCACCUGGAGGCUUGGCGUUGAGCGCAUUUGAGGUCGUAAACCAGUCGAGUUACCGCCAGCCGCGUUGGUUUCGGAAAUGGUCGGCAAGGAUUAUAGAUGACGAGCUUUUCCUGUCUUCUACGCAAAAGGCCCGCUUCGUCGGUGCCGAGGGUGACUUUCGAGACCUCCUUGACCGGAGGGAAUACCAGAUAUGUGCGCAUACUUGGACAAUGCAGCGUGGGGUUGGGUUCAGGGACAAGGAAGAGGAAGAGGGGGAGAAGCUUCAAAAGUAUAUUCGAAGGCUUCAGGCGGCCUACGACCAGAGGGUGCGGAUGGACGGUGGCGCUCCUGAAGCUCAAAGUUACUGGUAUAACCCUCAAUGGGGCCCAGGCCGCACUGUCAACUCCUUUAGGCUUGAGAAAAGCACAGAUUCCAUGCUACAUUCCAAGCUUUUAAGGCAAUGUCGGGACGUCCCUGGAUCGUGCCUCUUCUGUGAUACUGAUUAUACAACGACUCUCGAGAAAAGAAAGGUUGGACAUUGGUGGGAGCGUGGGCAGGAGGAAUGGGUCCUAACCAUCGUCACCUAUCAUCAGCUGGGACACGGUCUGAUACCAGAUGACCCGACAUGGAUAGCGUUUAAGACGAAAUAUUCCAGCUAUACCGGGCCUUUCCGCGAAGAAUUUGGAUCCUUACCUAGAAGCGUGAAGGAAAAGUGGGAUGAGUCUGUUUCACGCGACACUGCUGAGUGAACACUUCAUUCGACAACGCUUGAGUAUGCUCUGCUGGGGAGGUAUUCCCAACUGGU